AUGUACGCCGGACAACAAUUACCCUACUCCUACGCGCCACCGAAUCCCAAUGCGCCCCCGCAACCGGGCUACAUCUCACCGCCAGAGUCGCGCCGAGUGAUCGAAGACGAGAAGGACAAGGCCGCAUCGCGGCAGUCGUUGCCUUCCAUCCACGAAGCUCUGGGCAAGGACAAUCAUCUCCCAUACCCGGCCCCAACCUCCGCGCCACCUCCACAACCUGGCCAUGCCGCACCACCUUCACACCUUAUCGGCCGUUCAGGUGCGGAGGGCCCGCCCGGUCCUCCUAACCCAUUCUCCAAUGGCCCAGCUUCCGGAUCAUUGAUGCGGGAACCGGGCUACCCUCACCAGAUUCAGCCAGAAGCGUCGAGGAAUAGCCUCGGCUCCAUCAACACACAAGAGUCCCGAAACGCGUCACUACAUUCCCUCAGCACGGGCAAAUCACCCACUCAGAGUGCCAAAACAGGUAUCACCUCAGUUUCUGGAUCUCAAAAUUCCGCAUACGACUAUAGCGCGCCGCCAUCCGCCGGUAGCGUGGCUUCUCCCAAUGGCUACGGUCAUUUCCCUCCCAGCUAUCCUUUCCCGCAGAGUGCCCCGCCAUACGCUCCUGUGUCCUACGACAAUCGUGCGUACAUGGGGGCGCCCCGUGUGGAAGAGGUCAAAGGUGGAUUUGUGGGCCGACCAAUGCCUCAACCCCAUAGUGAUUCGGUGAAGCGACAUCUAGACGUAUUCGACGUGGAAACGUCUCUGAAUGAGAUCGUCGAGAUGAGCACACGAACAUUGGAGUUUUCACGGCAUUACGCAGCGCGAGCUCACCAAACACAGCGGUCUGGACCGGUCAUGGGCUCGCUACCCUCAUUGAACGAAGUGGAGGACAUUCUCCACAUGCAGCGUCGGAACCAAGAUGCCUUGAUCCGGAUACGAACAGCCGUUGUGAACCAGGAACAGGCACUGGCGGAGAUGGCCCAGCGCAAGGCGUAUAAGCCCGAGGACGAACAUAUGACUGGGACCAUGUACCAAGAAGACUUCAAGGGUGUGGGCGGGUUCGCUGGAGCGGACUCGAAGAAACGACGUGGAAAAGCGGCCCCUCCUGGUCGUUGCCACAGUUGUAACCGAGCCGAAACACCAGAAUGGCGUCGGGGUCCAGAUGGUGCCCGAACGCUGUGUAACGCGUGCGGUCUGCACUACGCCAAGCUGACUCGCAAGAUGGGCGCCAACAAGGCGGCAACCCUGGGAUCGAACCUGAAGCCCAAGUCGGUCCUUGACUCCGCCUCGCCAACCAGUCAUUAA